ACCAUUCCCACUUUUCAAAGCACCAAAAAGAAAAGGAAAGAAUCCAGAAAAGAAAGAGACGGAAGUGCUGGAGUCGUGACUCGUCGGCCAUGGCGCAGUCAGCGGCGGCGAGGAAGCCCUCGCCGGCGCCCACCGUCGCUCUGACACUGGUCCUGGCCCUCGCCUUCGCGGGCCUCCUCUUCCUCCUGCUCCACCUCUCCCCUUCGUCUCCAUCCGCUCACCCGCACCCCCACCGCCGCCUCCGCCUCCGAGGUGCCCGCCUCGCGCACGGGGGCGCCGCCCCGCACCAGAUCCCGUUCGACCCCGUCAUCGCGGACCUCGAGCGCCGCCUCGACGACCGCGAGUGGGAGCGCCUUGCCGCCGCGGGUCUGCACGCGCCGGGCAUGGAGGCGGCCCCCGUCCCGGACGACCUCGCGGACUCUGACGACGAAUACAUCAAUGACGAGGCGCGGUUCAACGUGACGCGGCGCGUGGAGGUUCUGUUCCCCAAGAUCGACGUGGACCCCGCCGACGGCGCCGUGACGGCCGCCGAGCUGGCUGCGUGGAACCUAGCGUCCGCGGCGCGGGAGGUGCUGCACCGGACCUCACGGGAGCUUGAGCUGCACGACCGCGACCACGACGGCCGCGUCGCCUUCUCCGAGUACGAGAGGCCCAGCUGGGCCUGGAGGUUCGACGAUAAUAACUCAACCAAUGAUUCAAUGGGAUGGUGGAAGGAGGGGCACUUCAAUGCUGCUGAUGUGGAUGGCGAUGGCUUCUUAAAUCUGACAGAGUUUAACGACUUCUUACAUCCAGCUGAUACUACCAACCCAAAGCUAAUACAUUGGUUGUGCAAAGAAGAAGUCAGGGAAAGAGAUAAAGAUAACGAUGGAAAGCUCAACUUUGAUGAGUUUUAUAAUGGAUUGUUUUACUCAAUUCGACAUCAUGAUGAUGAAGCUUCAGCAGAUGACUCAAGUGGCUCUGAUGCACCAGCUAGAAAAUCAUUUUCACAGCUUGAUAUGGAUAAUGAUGGGCUUUUAUCAGCAGACGAGCUAAAACCUAUAAUCGGAAAACUGCAUCCAGCAGAAAACUUCUAUGCUAAGCAGCAAGCUGAGUACGUAAUAUCACAGGCUGACACAAACAAAGAUGGACAGCUGAGUUUGAGUGAGAUGAUUGAGAACCCUUAUGUCUUUUACAGUUCUUUAUUCACAGAAGACGAUUAUGGUUCUCAUGACGAACUCCGGUAGUUGCUUAAAGCAGUUGGUAGUAUUGAGUCACCACCACCUUUGAAACACUUCGGUAGACGCUGCUGUGAAUUUAUAUCUUCCAUGGUCUCAGCCCCGUUGAUUGCCUAGCAAGGACAUUCCACGGUGAUUCCAUGUAUAACUCACAAGUGUGCAUUUUCAUGUGCCUGUUUGAGCAGCAGGUUGUUUGUUUGUAACAUUAAGUGUUCUUGAGUUAAUUUUGUCACCUGCACGGCGAGGUAGUAUCGGUUCUUCCAUAUUCUUUUGUGGGUGCAAACUACCUUGUUCUUCCAGGAUCAUAUACUUGUAUACUACGGAAACCAGGAAAUUGCAACUGUAGGGCUGGUAUGUAUGGGCAUUCCUGAACCCCAUCUGUAAAGAUUUGCAGUUCCCUACUGUGAAAGUAAUCAUUUUCUCUUGCUUCAUGUGUGACAUUUUGGUGUGAACAAACCCAACGUAUAUUUUUGCAA